AUGGGCGCGGGGGCGCUCGCCCUGGGCGCCUCCGAGCCCUGUAACCUGUCGUCGGCCGCGCCGCUCCCCGACGGCGCGGCCACGGCGGCGCGGCUGCUGGUGCCCGCGUCGCCGUCCGCCUCGCCGCUGACCCCGACCAGCGAGGGCCCCGCGCCGCUGUCGCAGCAGUGGACAGCGGGCAUAGGCCUGCUGAUGGCGCUCAUCGUGCUGCUCAUCGUGGCGGGCAACGUGCUGGUGAUCGUGGCCAUCGCCAAGACGCCGCGGCUGCAGACGCUCACCAACCUCUUCAUCAUGUCCCUGGCCAGCGCCGACCUCGUCAUGGGGCUGCUGGUGGUGCCGUUCGGGGCCACCAUCGUCAUGCGGGGCCGCUGGGAGUACGGCUCCUUCUUCUGCGAGCUCUGGACCUCGGUGGACGUGCUGUGCGUGACGGCCAGCAUCGAGACCCUGUGUGUCAUCGCCCUGGACCGCUACCUCGCCAUCACGUCGCCCUUCCGCUACCAGAGCCUGCUGACCCGCGCGCGGGCGCGGGCCCUCGUGUGCACCGUGUGGGCCAUCUCGGCCCUGGUGUCCUUCCUGCCCAUUCUCAUGCACUGGUGGCGGGCCGAGGGCGACGAGGCGCGCCGCUGCUACAACGACCCCAAGUGCUGCGAUUUCGUCACCAACCGGGCCUACGCCAUCGCCUCGUCCGUCGUCUCCUUCUACGUGCCCCUGUGCAUCAUGGCCUUCGUGUACCUGCGGGUGUUCCGCGAGGCCCAGAAGCAGGUGAAGAAGAUCGACAGCUGCGAGCGCCGCUUCCUCAGCGGCCCGGCGCGGCCCCCGUCGCCAGCGCCCGCGCCCGUCUCCCCGCGCCCCGCCGCCGCCGCCACCCCGCUGGCCAACGGGCGCGUCAGCAAGCGGCGGCCCUCGCGCCUCGUGGCCCUGCGCGAGCAGAAGGCGCUCAAGACGCUGGGCAUCAUCAUGGGCGUGUUCACGCUCUGCUGGCUGCCCUUCUUCCUGGCCAACGUGGUCAAGGCCUUCCACCGCGACCUGGUGCCCGACCGCCUCUUCGUCUUCUUCAACUGGCUGGGCUACGCCAACUCAGCCUUCAACCCCAUCAUCUACUGCCGCAGCCCCGACUUCCGCAAGGCCUUCCAGCGCCUGCUCUGCUGCGCGCGCCGGGCCGCCGGCGGGAGCCACGAGGCCGCCGGCGACCGGCCGCGCGCCUCGGGCUGCCUGUCGCGGGCCCGGCCGCCGCCGUCGCCCGGGGCCGCGUCGGACGACGACGACGACGACGACGACGUCGGGGCCGCGCCGCCCGCGCGCCUGCUAGAGCCUUGGGCCGGCUGCAACGGCGGGGCGGCGGCGGACAGCGACUCGAGCCUGGACGAGCCGGGCCGCCCCGCGGGCGCCUCGGAAUCCAAGGUGUAA